AUGCAAGAACUCCUCAGGAGCUUGGACCAGCUAGAAUCCUUGAAGGCUCAGCGCCUACCCCCGAUAAAGCCACUGAACCUGGUGGUCAUCACUGACGGCGUAACAGAUGAUCCGGAAACUCUCAUUCAAACAAUUUUGAGCAUUGUCGGUCGAUUAGAAGAGGGGAACUUUCCACUAAAUGAGGUCGGCGUUCAAUUUAUACAAAUCGGGUGCAGCUCAGAAGCAACAAAACUCUUGAAAACCUUGGAUGAUGACCUAAAGAAGAUAUAUGGGGUUAAGAGGGAUAUUGUGGAUACUACACCAUACAAAGGGAAAUUGACUGGGGAUUUCGUGCUGAAAUGCUUGUUGGGAGGUGUAAAUAGAAGAAUUGAUAAAAGGAGUUAGUUACUUGACAGGAAUACAUCAGAAAUAAUCCACACAGUUGCAUUACACAAGGAAUUAAGCAACUUCAAUUUUGUAAUAAUCUAUCUCUUGGUCCAUACAAAUACAUGAUGAUUUGAUGAUUCAAAAUUUCAUCCCAAGUUAAUUAAAUAUGAUUUUCUUAAGAAUAAAAUACAUUCAUAUGACUAACAAUUUCAUGCAUGUAUGAUUUCACAUCUUGGUUUUGAUGAAGGUAGUUUCUCUGAUUUUGCAUGUCAGCUCAAUUGAAAUCCCAAUCAUUCACAGAGGAAUUUUCUGAAGUAACUCAAUUUAUUGAAUGGCCACAAGGAA